GGCAAAGCAGAGAGUUCAAGUACGCAACCCCGUCCAUUCCCCUCCCCCGACCCCGAGCGGUCGAGCGCCGCCUCCGCCGGCUUCCGUCGUCAACCACCUCCUGGUGCUGCCGUCGUCAACCACCUCGCCGUAGACCACGAAGCCGUAGUACUGGAGGGAAAGAGGAGAAGAGGAGGGAGCGCAGCGCGUGCAGCUGCCUGCCGUCGAGUUGAGGGUCGACCGCCGCCGUCUCCACCUGUCCGCCGUCGACCACCUCCUCGCCGGCUCGCUGCUGUCGAUAAGAGAUGACCACGAAGCUGGAGGAGGGGGAGGAUGUGCCUGCACCUGCACGCCGUCUCCCCUGCACCUGUUCGAUCUCCUCUGUCCUCUCCUCUGCAUUAUCCCAUCUCUGACCGAGGUAUUCAGUGCCAAAAUUUUCAACAAUUAGUACUGAAUUGUUAGCAGUUCGUACUGAUCUAUUGAGUGUUGAAUACACCAUUGUUAGCAGUUAGUACUGAAUUCCAAAAUUUUCUUACAUCAUCUUUCAUCCAUUCUUCAGCUUGUCAUGGUAAAUCUAUAGCAUAACUUGCUUAUUUAUUGUCGAUUCCAUCCUCUUUUGAAACAAGCAUUCUAAAUGUUCAAAAUUAGUCUCAUAUAUGCUGUAUUCUUGGUCCAUUUGCUUUACAAAAUAUAAAAGGAUGACUAAACAGUGGUUAAACAGAGCCAAAAAUCCUCCCACCGCACUCCCAGGAUACAAAUUCAGCCGGUCCAGUCGGUCCUCUCGGUCUUGACCGAGCUUUGCUGCAGCUGGUCCGGUCCUGAAAAUAUGAACCGCCAGCCACUUCGGUCCGGUCCGGACUGGACCGGCCGUGGCCGGUCCAAAGCAGGGCUCGGUCAGGGACCGGACCGGCCUGGACCGCGUCCACCCCUAUGUGUAGGCAUGCAAUUGAAGAAGAUGAUGGCAUGGCCUUAGAUGUCCGCCUCCUUGCUUGUAGGUGGCUACACUUGUUCUCCUGGAAGAUGCACACACAAGUUCGUCACUGACGCAAGUAUGCUUAGUCUCGGCGCGUCAUCUACAGUAUUCAUGGGCGCGCGCCUGGUCGCUGCCAUCUUGAGCCUUGUUGUAGCGCGUACUAGGUCGCUGCCGCCGAGUGUCUCAUCGAUUCCAGGGAGAUGGCAUCGAAGCUUCAUAUUCAUGUGUAUGUGGAUAUCAUCUGCCCAGUGCUUGGGCGCUAUGUGUCGCUGCUCCCAACUGGUGCAGGUCGAUGUUGGCAGGAUGGAGAUGGCGCCGGGUCAUAAGCCGACAGCUUCGACGCCGUUAUGGUGGUGUAGAUGGUGUAGGGCCGCACGUCGACAGAGUGGAGACGGCACCGGGAUGCAGGUCGGCGGCUCUCACAUCAUCAUGGCGGUGGUGAUGGAGAUAGCGCCGGGCUUCAGACCGGCAGCUCCAGUAUCGUCGUGGCGGUGGUGAUGGAGCCGGGCUGCACGCCGGCAUGGUGGAGAUAGCGUCGGGCUUGAGGCCGGCAGCUCCGACGUUGUCGUGGCGAUGGUGAUGGAGCCGGGCCACACGCCGGUCAUCCCUUCGGUGUCGCUGCCGAGGUAGAGUUGGUGCCGUGCUGCUUGCCGGGAGCCCUGGCGCUGUCGUUCGUGGCGGUGAAGACAGUGCCGGGAUAUACGCCGGUGGCCUUCCGUUGUCGCUGCUGAGGUGGGGUUGGCGCCGAGCUACUCACCGGCAGCCUCGCCGUCGUCGUCUCGAAGCAUAUCUGGAAGAAGACACUUCUAGUGAGCCCUUCGUUGACGUCGCGGCGCCUCCAUGGAGGUGAAUUCGACGGGGCGUCUGGUGUCUGUGUAGAUGGAAGACGGCACUGCCAGCCGGUCCUCCGGCGUCGUCGUGGAACACCCAAGUUGCCACAGCCGCCGGCGCGUCAUCUCAACGUGGUGCCCGCGGCCUCCAUUGGCGCGUGUAUGUCAGCCUGGACGACACGAGCAAGCUUUGCGGCCCGCUCGUGGCCCGUUCAGGACCGGACCGUACGGUCCAGGCCCGGUAGAAAAACAGGACGGGCCGGGCCCAGAAAUACAGACCGCAAAAAGUUCGUUCCGGUCCGGUCUUUAACCGGGCCGACCGAGCGGACCGCUGGCGCAGCAAGGCCCAUCUGGCUGGACAGAUCGAGGCAUCGAGCGAACCCCCUCCCCUCGUUCCAUUCCCCCUCCCCCCUCCCCUCGCUCUCCUCUCCUCACAGCGCCUCCUCCUCUCCAAUCCCAAACCCUAACCCUUCAUCGACGGCGCCAUCGCCCGCGGCUUCUCCCCUUCAUCGACGGCGCCAUUGCCCGCGGCCUCUCCCCUUCAUCGACGGCGCCAUCGCCCAACGGCCUCUCCCCUUCAUCGACGGCGCCAUCGCCCAUGGCCUCUCCCCUUCAUCGACGACGCCAUCGCCCGCGGCCUCUCCCCUUCAUCGACGGUGCCAUCUCGUCCGAGUACGAGCUGGAGGAGCACGUGUACGUCGGGGACGCAGCAAGGCCAGCACGCCAUCGGUCCCGUCUUCCCUGGUUCCUCGCCGAGCGCCACGAAGAGGAAGAGGAAGUUUAUAUCCCACUUCGAACAUCUUCUAUCCAUACAUUGUUGGUGUCAAGCUUGCAAUCAAACGUGCAAUGACUAGUGAUAGUGACCACUACAAGGAAAUGGGUGAAGCAAUGUUGGAGAAGUUUGACAAAUAUUGGGAAGAAAAGAACAAUGCCAUGCUGAUCGCAACCGUCUUUGAUCCACGGUACAAGAUGAAUUACAUAGAGUGGGCCUUUGGAGAACUAUAUGGAGUAGGAAGUACGAGGUGUAGGACUGAGAUGAAAAUCGUGGAGAAAGAGUUGGCGACCUUGUAUGACAAAUGUGUUUCCCAAGAUAAGCGAGCUGGAAAUGGAGAAAGUGUAUCUUCCUCUACAAACAUUCCUAGUAUCCCGGUUCAAGCUGGGUAUGAGUCCUUCUUAUCGUCCCGUUCAACAAGAAUAUCAAAGAGUGAGUUGAGGAACUACUUAGAGGAUGCGGUUGAACCUCGCAACAAGGCUCUUGAUCUUCUUGGUUGGUGGAAAGUCAAUGCUCCUAGGUACCCAAUUAUGGCCAAGAGAGCCAGGAGGUUCCUUACUAUCCCGGCUACCUCCGUGUCUUCAGAAUCUACCUUCAGCACGACCGGAAGGAUUUUAGAUGACUACAGGAGUUCGUUAAAACCGGUUAUGGUGGAGGCAUUAGUUUGUGGUGCAAGUUAUAUCAAGGGUGCUCACGUUGACUUGAAUCUGGUGCCGAGGGAUGAGAAUGAAGAGGAUGAUGUUGAAACCAUCAAGUUACCCAUCGUGGAGGAGAUCAACGAUUGACACUCAUCAUGUGGAUGUUGAUAUUGAUCUUGCUAUUUUGGAGACGAAUGUCAAAGUGAUCUUUCUCAUGGGAAGGCUACUUUUGCAUUUGGGUUAUGUUCGAACUUGUCAAGUCAUGAACUGUGAAAUGUCACAACUAGCUUGGAGAUGAACCUCUCAUUUGUGUUAUGUUCAACUUGCCAAUUGACAUGGACUUGAAAUUGUCAUUGCAAGUUUGUAAUCGUGUCGUUCAAUGAUGAUAAGACAUUAUGUUUGUGGAUGUGGUAUUUGUGUUGCUUAA